AUGGCCAACGACCGGUGGAAGACCGCGGGCGGCGCUGCCCAACUUGAAGACCGGCCGCGCGACAAGCCGCAGCGGCCGAGCUGCGGCUGUGUGGCGUGCACCGUGCUGCUGUCCCUGGCCGUCCUGCUGGCCGUGGUGGUCACGGCCGCCCUGCUCUUCCUGAACCACAGCCCCGUGCCGGGCACGGCGCCCCCGCCCGUGGUCAGCACGGGCCCGGCGGGGGCCAACAGUGCCCUGGUCACGGUGGAGAGAGCCGACAGCUCCCGUCUGAGCAUCACCAUCGACCCGCGCUGCCCCGACCUGGCCGACGGCUUCGCCCGCCUGGAGGGUGCCCAGGCCUCGGUGCUCCGGGCGCUGACGGAGCGGCCGGCGCAGGCCCGGCGGGCGGGCGCCCCCGGGCAGGAGCUGCUGGACACCCUGGCCGACCAGCUGCCCCGGCUGCUGGCUCGGGCCUCGGAGCUGCAGGCCGAGUGCACGGGGCUGCGAAAGGUGCACAGCGCCCUGGGCCAGGGGCUCAGCACCCUGCAGAGCGAGCAGGGGCAUCUCAUCCAGCUCCUGUCGGAGAGCCAAGGCCACAUGGCUCACCUGGUGAACUCCAUCGGCGACUUCCUGGAUGCCCUACAGAGGGACCGGGGGCUGGGCCGGCCCCGCGUCAAGGCAGACCUCCAGAGAGCCCCGGCCCGCGGAGUCCGGCCCCGGGGCUGCGCCAGCGGCCCUCCGCCCCGGGACUGUCUGGACAUCCUCCUGAGCGGGCAGCAGGAGGACGGCGUCUACUCCAUCUUCCCCACCCACUACCCCGCCGGCUUCCAGGUGUACUGCGACAUGCGCACCGACGGCGGCGGAUGGACGGUGUUCCAGCGGAGGGAAGAUGGCUCCGUGAACUUCUUCAGGGGCUGGGAGGCCUACCGAGAGGGCUUCGGCAAGCUCACGGGGGAGCACUGGCUAGGGCUCAAGAGGCUCCACGCGCUGAGCACGCAGGCCACCUACGAGCUGCACGUGGCGCUGGAGGACUUCGACAACGGCACAGCCUACGCCCACUACGGGAGUUUUGGCGUGGGCUUGUUCUCCGUGGACCCCGAGGAGGAUGGGUACCCGCUCACCGUGGCCGAUUACUCCGGCACGGCAGGCGACUCCCUGCUGAAGCACAGCGGCAUGAGGUUCACCACCAAGGACCGGGACAGCGACCACUCGGAAAACAACUGCGCCGCUUUCUACCGCGGCGCCUGGUGGUACCGCAACUGCCACACGUCCAACCUGAACGGGCAGUACCUGCGCGGCGCGCACGCGUCCUACGCCGACGGCAUCGAGUGGUCCUCGUGGACCGGCUGGCAGUACUCGCUCAAGUUCUCUGAGAUGAAGAUCCGGCCGGCCCGGGAGGGCCGCUAG